AUCUGAAUGAGAUGUUGCGGAUAUUGGUACGAGGGGAUGAUUGUGAUAGGAUUGCGGCGGUGGAGUUUGGGGAUGUUGAUGGGAUGCCGUGGGUUAGGCCCGUGCCAGUGGACGAGAUUACGGAGGUAGUACGGGGGGUGCUGAAAAGCGGAGAGGAGAAGGAGGAUGUUCGGGGGGUUGGGAGAGACGAGGGGGCUGCGCUGAAGUGGGCGACGGAGGGCAAUCAAGAGGGAACGGUGGUGGUGUGUGGGAGUCUUAUCUCAUAGGAGAGGUGAAGAAGUUGGAGAGGGAGGAAGGUAACAAUGAAGUAUGAGAAGAGAUCUUCCAUUCAGCUAUGUAUCCACCACAUUCGUAUCAAAGACGGUUGAAAC